ACGAACUCAGCCCAACCCGGAAACAGAACCUGACGUGUUCGGUGUGGUGCGCGCUGAACAAAAUUUACCUACAAAGACCGGGAUCUUUCUACGCCUCAACAUGAAUCUAACAUCAGCAGCCGGUGUCCUUGCGAUGUUAGAUGAGAAGGACCCACAACUGAAGUGUUUUGCUUUAAACAAGCUGAACGCCAUUGUGGGAGACUUCUGGCCAGAGAUUUCAGAUGCUGUGGACAAAAUUGAAAUGCUGUAUGAAGAUGAAAGUUUCCCUUACCGAGAACUGUCAGCCUUGGUUACUUCAAAGGUGUACUAUCACUUGGGAGCCUACGAGAUCUCACUGACUUAUGCACUCGGAGCAGGGAACCUGUUUGAUGUGAACAGCACAACAGAAUACGUAGAAACUACAAUAUCCAAAUGUAUUGACCACUACACGAAGCUGUGCGUGGCCCAGGCGGAGGGAGGGGAGAAACAGGACGUAAAGUUGGACUCCCGUCUGGAGGAUGUGGUCAACAGGAAGAUCAGGAGCUGUCUGGAGAACGGCAACUUCAAACAGGCUGUUGGCAUUGCCCUGGAGACCAGGAGAAUUGACGUGUUUGAAGAAGCUAUCAUGAAAUCAGAUGAUGUUGCUGGGAUGCUCCUGUAUGCCUCUAAAGUCUGUAUGUCACUCAUCCAGAACAGGCAGUUCAGAAGCAAGAUGCUGCGGGUGCUGGUGAGGCUGUACCUGCACCUGGACAUACCUGACUACAUCAACGUCUGCCAGUGUCUGAUUUUCCUGGACGACGCCUCGGCGGUUGCCGAAAUAUUGGAGAAACUCAUUAAGGGGACAGAAGACCAGACACUGAUGGCGUACCAGAUUGGGUUUGACCUGUACGAGAGCGCCACGCAGCAGUACCUGUCCAGGGUCAUGUACGCCCUGCGCGCCGUCAGCCCCAUCCCCCUCCCCAACGCACCUGCAGCUGUACAGCCACCUGGAUCAGCACCUGCUGCACCUGUUUCCAAGGAUGCAGAGAGCCAGGCCAGUGAAGAACAGGAGAAACCAGCGAGUGUGCCUCCCCCAGACACUUCUACUAAGUACUCAGACCUGAGUGAAGAGGAGAAAAAACAUGUGGAUCGGUUGACCAAGCUGCUAGGCAUUCUGGGAGGAGAGACGUCCAUCGCAAUCCACCUCCAGUUCCUGAUUCGUAACAACCACACAGACAUGCUCAUCCUCAAAAACACCAAGGAUGCUGUGAGAAACUCGGUGUGCCACACAGCGACUGUCAUUUGUAACUCCUUCAUGUACUGUGGGACAACCAGUGACCAGUUCCUCAGGGACAACCUAGAGUGGCUAGCUCGUGCUACCAACUGGGCCCGAUUUACAGCAACUGCAAGUCUGGGAGUCAUCCAUAGGGGCCAUGAGAAGGAAGCCUUACACCUGAUGUCUACAUACCUACCUAAGGACACAGGACCUGGCAGUGCCUACUCUGAGGGAGGGGGGCUGUAUGCUCUAGGUUUGAUCCAUGCGAACCAUGGAGGCACCAUGAUUGACUAUCUCCUCAACCAAGUCAAGGAAGCCACCACAGAGAUGGUCCGACAUGGAGCUGGACUUGGUCUUGGACUUGCAGCCAUGGGAACAGCCAGACAAGAUGUAUAUGAACAGCUGAAAUUCAAUCUGUACCAAGAUGAUGCUGUCACAGGAGAGGCAGCAGGCAUUGCUAUGGGUCUGGUCAUGGUCGGGACCAAGUCUGCCCAGGCUAUAGAAGAUAUGGUGGCGUAUGCACAGGAGACACAGCACGAGAAGAUCCUGCGAGGUCUGGCCAUCGGGAUCGCUCUCUGUAUGUACGGCAGACUGGAGGAGGCAGACACACUGAUCGAGAGUCUGUCAAGAGACAAGGACCCAAUCCUGCGCAGAUCAGGCAUGUACACCAUCGCAAUGGCAUACUGUGGCAGCGGGAGUAACCAGGCCAUCCGCAAACUCCUGCACGUGGCCGUCAGUGACGUGAAUGAUGACGUACGCAGGGCAGCUGUCGAGGCCAUCGGAUUUAUCCUCUUCAGAACCCCUGAACAGUGUCCCAGCGUGGUGUCGCUACUGUCUGAGAGCUACAACCCACAUGUACGGUACGGUGCUGCCAUGGCACUGGGAGUCGCAUGUGCUGGAACUGGGAACAAGGAAGCAGUAGCGCUGAUUGAACCCAUGACCAACGAUCCGGUGAACUACGUCCGUCAGGGCGCCAUGAUCGCAUCUGCCCUCAUCCUGGUGCAGCAGACAGAGGCCAUGUGUCCAAAGGUGAAGACAUUCCGAGAGCUGUACACAAAAGUCAUCAACGACAAGCAUGAUGAUGUCAUCGCCAAGUUUGGGGCGAUCCUUGCUCAGGGCAUCAUUGAUGCAGGCGGCCGGAAUGUGACCAUCAGUCUACAGACCCGUAAUGGCCACACACACAUGGAGUCCGUUGUGGGGAUGUUGGUGUUCACACAGUUCUGGUUCUGGUACCCUCUCUCCCACUUCCUGUCCCUGGCCUUCACACCGACCGCCAUGAUCGCACUCAACGCAGAACUCCAGAUGCCAAAGGUGGAGUUUAAGUCCAACGCGAAGUCCUCCAUGUUUGCGUACCCGCCGUUACUGGAGCCGCCGAAGGAGAAGGAAAAGGAGAAGGUGUCCACGGCCGUUCUGUCAAUCACGGCCAAGGCCAAGGCUCGCAGCAAGAGCAAGAAGGGCGACCAGGACACUGAGAAGAUGGAAGUGGAUGAGGUAGAAAAGAAGGAUGAAGAUUCAGAGAAGGGUAAGGAGGAGAAAGCUAAAGAGGAGAAAACAAAAGAGGAAACAACAAAGGACGAGAAGACAAAAGAGGAAGCAGAAAAGGACAGUAAGGACACCAAAGAACCCAAGGAGGAGGCCAGCUUCAGUGUACUGCAAAACCCUGCAAGAGCCUUGCCUGCACAGUUGAAGGUGCUGUCCUGUAUGUCGGGAAGGUACCACCCCCUGAAGCCUGUCACCACUGGUGGGAUCAUCCUGUGUAAGGACCAGACAAAGGGAGAACCAGAGGAGAUAGUAGAGACCCUGCCAACCGGUGGACCAAAGGCUGAAGACGAGGAACCAGAGCCACCACCGCCUGAGCCUUUCCAGUACACCGAGGACUGAGCUGGCAUCUGUAGGACUGCAAAUACUACUACUGUCAUGUACUGGUUCACAACUUCUUAGUACUGUACUUGGGUUGUCAUCACUGCAGUACCGAUUCCUUCCUCUAGGGGGCAUGACAUGUUGUGGCCCAAACAUGGCCUAUUUGUGAUAAUAGAUAUAUCUCUUGCUAUGUUCGUAAUACGUAACUAUGUAUGAAGAAACCAUAUUUGAAGGGUCACAGGGAAUAUUAUCAGACCAUUUUUCUUACAAAAACCACAGACUUCACUCUUGUAUUUUCUGAAUGUCAAUAUAAACAGAAGGGUUACAUUUAAUUUCACAGUAUUGUAUGUAGACAAUAGCUGGCCCAGUUGUAUUUGUGCUCAUUUAAUCACAGCAUUCGAAUGGAAAUUCUAGGUUAGGUUUAUUAAAUAUUGGGGAGUUAGUUCAACAUUGUCUUUCACUUAUCAGGAUACAUGUACAAGUAUCUUGAUAGUAGAAACCUGGUUUCCUUGUAAAUUAAAUUGGGUUGAAUAAAACAAAGUCUACAAGUCAA